UCCCAACAGUCUAACAAGAUUUCAACAGCACAACGGAUUAAUACUUUCUAAUCAAUAUUUUUUUAAUUGUCUGUAGUAUUUUUUAAAAAAAAAUCUAUAAUAAAUUCGUUUAAAUAAAUUGAUAAUAUGGAAAUUUCAAUACAAUUGUGUAGUAUUCUUGUUGCCCUUAUAUGGCUCGGAUCAUUGGAGGUUAAUGGGGCAAAAUUCCUCGCCGAAAAACCGGCAUUUUUGGAUAUUUGCAAGCGUUCGGAUAGCGAAUUUGGUAAAUGUUGGGCCAAAAAUCUAGAAAAGAUGUUCAAUGGAUGGAAAUCAGGUGUCCCUGGUCUUAAAUCAAUUGGUUCAUUAGAUCCCCUACAUGUAAAACGUGCCAAGAUCACCCAAGGUGCCGAAGGUAGUCCAAUUUCGAUGAACAUGGAAUUGGUAAAUGCUGAACUAUCCGGCCUGGGUGGAACCAUUAUAGAUGAUGCUGGAUCUAAUGGCAAUAGUUUGGAAAUGAAAUUAAGAGUUACCGUACCUUCGUUCAAAUUGACCGGAGAUUACACAAUGCAUGGCAAUAUUUUAAGCUUGGCCCUGAACAGCAAGGGCAAGGCUCUUAUGAUAUUUGAAAAAGCCACCUUUACACUCAAUUUCCGCCUGAAAUUACGUGAAGAUGGCGCCCAAUCGUUUGCCGAUGUGGAAAAACUAGAUUUGUUGUGGGAAGAUAACGGUGGCAUGCAAUUCCAUUUGAGUAAUUUAUUCAACGGCGACAAGGCGUUGGAGGACAGUGCCCAUGCCCUGCUAAAUGCAAAUUGGCGUGCAAUUUUUGAAGUUCUUCGCCCAGCUUUGAGUCAAACUAAUAAAAUUGUUGUAAAAGACAUUUUAAGUAAAAUAAUGGCCUAUGUACCGGUACACUAUUAUUUGGAAUAAUAAAAAUUACGGAAAAUGUGUAUGUAUGUAA